CAGCAGUAGCAGUAGAGUAGCAGCCGCAGCAGCAGAGAAAGGAGGGACGCGAAAGGAACGCAGAGCAGGCUUUGGGCCGGUUCCAACAUGAUUUAGUCAAACAAGCUGUUAAUGUCAAAAAUGGGAGUUGAGGAAAACCAAAGACAUUGGUACAGACUAUGACCAUUUCUUACAAUUACAAUAAAGCAAUGGCUACAAUGAAGUCAAAAGAAUUCAGAAAGCACCUCAAUCUCCUUGCAAGGCUGGGAGACAUGAAAGCCAAAUUUAAGGGUAGUUUAGAACACAAAAUGGAGGACAGUGGUGGAAGAUUGUUAAGUAGUACCAGCCCACAAAACACCAAAAUGAAUACAAGGCAAAAUGAAUCUACUGGAAGUUUAGCAUAAAUCUAUGCUAAACCAGAUCACUCCAAGAACAUUUUUAGAUGGAACUGGAUGGACAUAAAGAGGGCAAUGGAGAGUACCACCAUCUUCCCCUGGAACCAAAGUGCUAACAGCUCUCUGGAGGUGAAUGAGCAUCCUUACAAGUGCAAGUUAGAUGAGGACUUUAAGUACGUGCUGCUGCCUGUGUCCUACGGUGUGGUUUGUGUGCUAGGCCUAUGUCUCAAUGCCCUGGCCCUCUACGUUUUCCUCUGCCGGAUUAAAACUUGGAACUCUACCACCACCUUUAUGUUCAACCUCGCCAUAUCUGACACCCUCUACGUGGUCUCCUUGCCCCUCCUCAUCUACUACUAUUCCCAAGGUGACCACUGGCCCUUUAGCACGACCCUCUGCAAGCUGGUCCGGUUCCUCUUCUAUACCAAUCUCUAUGGCAGCAUCCUCUUCCUGCUGUGCAUCAGCAUCCACCGCUUCCUUGGCAUCUGCUACCCUCUACAGUCACUGCGCUGGGGCAACGUGCGCUAUGCUCGACGAGUGGCCGCCGCCGUGUGGAUCAUAGUGAUUGGCUGUCAGUCACCCGUGUUAUACUUUGUCACCACCAGCAGCCGGUCUGACGGGAUCACUUGCCACGAUACAUCAUCCCGCGACUUGUUCAACAACUUCGUGGCGUACAGCUCGGCCAUCCUCGUAUUGCUUUUUGUCGUGCCCUUCCUAAUCAUCCUGGUGUGCUACACGCUGAUGGUGCGGCAGCUUCUGCGGCCCACAACGGGGCAGUCCCGUCUCUCUCGAUCGAAGCGCAAGUCACUGAGGAUGAUUUUUCUGGUCUUGGCUGUCUUUUCUCUCUGCUUCCUCCCCUUCCAUGUCACCCGUACACUCUACUAUGCUUUUCGAUCUCUGGAUGUGAGCUGUUGGUCCCUUAAUGCUAUCAACAUAGCAUAUAAGGUCACUCGCCCACUUGCCAGUGCCAACAGCUUCCUGGACCCUGUGCUCUACUUCCUGGCUGGCCAGCGGUUUGUCAGGUUUGCCCGCCAUAUUCAGCCACCAUCAGUAGCUGGCAGCAAGAUGGUGCUUCAAAAUACCAGUACCCUGGACAGUGGGCAGACUGGAAACAGUCCAGGCAUCAGUGAGGACAAGGAUGCUCGGCUUUAGGGCCGGAGUGACUCACGCAUCUUAGUCCUAAGCUCUGCAUGUCCCCCAUACUCCAUUUGGGUGAGAAUGGGAGGCGGCCAAGAUAAGGGCUAUGGGCUGUUUAGGCACAAAGGAUGUGGAGGUAUCCAUUAGACAGAGCAGGGUUUGUCCUUGAGGCCAGCUACAAGAAGACAAGAGGGAGGUGGACAUUUGACACCCCACCUACAUGGCACCAGGAUAGAACCAUGACUGACUGGAUUGGACUUCCAGAGUUAGUGUCAGGAAGUAGAGAGGUUGCUGACUGGGAGAUAGGCACCCUGGGCUCUACCACUGCCUGGAUGGGUGCACUGGGACAGACCACUACGUCCUGUGUCAGCCUCAGUUUGCUGUGACUAAAAAAAGUAACCUGUUGGUAUGUUUAAUGCUGGUGAAAGAUGGGAAAAAGUCCUUUUAUAUCUAAAGCAUUAAGUGAUUGUGGAUGUUUAACUAGGGGAUGAUUUGGGGUGGGAAGGAGUAAUAGUCAUUGCCUUCAAAAAUCUAAAGAGUUGUCAUGAAGGAAAAGGAUCAGUCUGAGUCUUUUGUGCCUCAGAAGAUCCAGCUUUGAGCCUGGUGGGACAAGGAGUUACAUAAAGGCACAUCUGGAUCCCCAAAAAAGACCUAAUAAUAAUAAUUUCAUAUGACUAGAGCACUCCCAAAGUUGUACAUACUGCCUUAGGACAGAGUGCAUUGCUGGGCUUUUGUGAAAGGAUGGAUUAACAUUUGUCUGGAGUGAUAUAGAAGGGAUUCUUGCCCAGGGACAGGUGGCAGUAGGUGCCCUUUUAGGGCCUUUUUGGUAGUCAGUUUCAAAGAACGUGUGAUGGGGUUGGACUCAGGGGCCUCUCAGGUCCCUUCUAGUUCUGGUUUCAUGCUUCCAUACCUCCCUUUUCCUGAUUCUCUUCAUCAUGGAUAAUAAACCCAUGUUUUUUCUCCUUUUAAAAUUCAGGCACAUGGGACAAAACAGAAGCAAACUCUAGAGCCAAAGGCUAACAUUCUCCCCUCCCAAGCCCUGGGAACAGGAGCAUAGCUUCAAGUAGCACAGAGCCCUUGGACUGAGUUGCUCUCAUGGGUCUGGUUGAAGGAGAAAAUAUUCAAUGGGAAGCUUGGUCCCAUUUUAUGGGUGGAGAAAACAGAGGCUUAGAAGAGAAUGUCAGAGCUGGAAGACUCCUUUGAAUGUAAAAUAUUAAAGCUGACAAGGAUUUGAGAAUUAAAAAAUCAGAUCCAACAAAAAUUUAAGCACCUAACUACAGUUCAGGGUGCUGGGUUCAGUAUUAUUGAUACAAAAAUAGGAGCAAAGGAACUUUACAGACUUUGUGCUCUAGGAACCCUUGCAGAGAGAGAGAGAGUACUUUCAGCAGGCUGGGUGGGUUGGGGUGGGGUGGGUGGCAGAGGUGGAUUAGAGCAGGUCCGGGAAGGAAGGCGACCUUCACCUCCUUCAUCCUGGAGGGGAGCUUGAAGUAAGAGGAUCACAACAUAUGACAUCAGAGCUAUCAGGGACCUUAGAACAAAGUCUUGAAGCUGGAAGGGACCUCAGAGGCCAUCAGUUCAAUCCUUUGAUUUCACAGAUAGGGAAAACUGAGGCCCAGAGAA